UUAUAAACGUAGAAAAUCAUGCACCGUAUCAAGGAUAAACAAGUCGGAACACGGGGAACAAAAUUUGUAAAAUUUGAGUUUUCUAUUACACGAACAUGCCUUUAAUAGUAAAAGACUUCUCUUGGGAACAAACCGACAAAGUUUUGUUUAUAACCGUUCCAUUGAAAGGAGUAAAAGCGAAUAAGGUGGACAUUUUUUCAUCGGAAGAAUACAUGAAGAUUAGUUACCCACCAUAUUUGUUCGAGUGUUUUCUGUAUGCCCCCGUGCAUGAUUCUGACAGCGUUGCUCAGAUUGGGAAUGGGGCAGUGGUGUUCAAGCUGCUGAAGAAAGAUGGAGAAAAAUGGCCUCAACUUCAGUCUGACAUUAUUAAUGACAAAGAUGCAAUGAAGAAUAAGCGACAAGAGUCAUCUAAGAAAGCUGAAGAACGUUUGAAAGAGCAAUCAAAAAUGAAGGAUGAGGUGAAGAGAGAAAAUGAGCAGUAUGCAUUGAAAGAAAUAAUGAAGGCUGAGGAGUCUGAACGUGAGCGUAUAGAGCAGCAGAAAGAGUCAGAGAGACGUAGAGCCACUGAGGAACUGGAGGUGUGGAAGGAAGAGCAAAGGCAGGCAGCAGAACUGGAAAAGCAGAGGUUGUUAGAAGAAAGACGCAAAGAAGAAGCAGCUGAAAGAGAAAAGCGAAAAGAACAAGAAAGACUCCAUAAGAGACAAACAAGAGGCCAGAAAGCCAGUAUAUUUGAAGAGACAGCGCAGGGCGCACCAAAGCGUGAGACUGGGAAGAUAGCAGUGUCCUUCACCCAGCGUCAGUUCCCCACCCCUGAGAGGGAGUCAGUCAGACCAAUGGAGGAUGAGUGGCUCAAGAAGCAGGCUGAGGCGAAACGUAUCAUAGAACUGGAGGAUGAGAAUCUCACAGAGGAAGAGCGCAAUCCAGUCUGGCUCAGAGAUAAGGGGAAUGAGUUCUUCAAAGCUGGGAACUAUGAAGCCGCAGUCAAUGUGUACUCCCAUGCCUUGAGACUAAACAACACACUGUACUCAUGUUACUCCAACCGAGCAGCCUGUCAUCUGAAAAUGCGAAACUUCUUUAAGUGUAUUGAAGAUGCAUCAAGGGCCCUAGAGCUCUUGGUUCCUGCUGUGCCACAGAAUGCAGACAAUCGGCUCAAGUGUCAUGUGCGGCGGGGAACGGCAUUCUGUCAGCUCGAGAUGUAUGUAGAAGGUCUCCAAGAUUACGAGGCAGCCCUGAAGAUCGACCCAAACAACAAACAGUUGCGGGCAGAUUCUGAGAAAAUCAGGCACAUCAUCCAGACAGAGACUGUGAGCUGAGAUCUGCCAAGAUGGGAAACCAGUUAAAUAAAGAGAUUUUUGUCAGGUCGAAACAAGUGUUGAGUGCAAAACUGUGUUCUCUGACAUUUAAUAGAAUGUUAAACCCAAUGGUUAUUUUCAAGGUUAACUUGAGCCAGAUAUUUAGUAUCAGCAUAAAAAAGAUCUGAUACAAACUGUACACAAUAUGGACUUGAACAAGCCUGCUCCAAUUUUCUAUUUUUCUCUCAUCAAAACGAAAAAAUUAUACAGAACUCCUUAAAAUAUAUAUAAAUAUAUUUUACAUAUUAUUUUUUUUUAAUAAAUAUGUUCGACCUUCUCCUAUAUUGAGUGUAAGUAUUGGGAAAACUGAUAUUGAUACUAAAAAUAGAUAAUCAUUUGCGAACAUACAACCAGUUUUUAGUUUCAUUUUGUUUGUUGAAGACUUUGUAUUUUUUUGUUAGCAAAUAUAUACAUACAUAUAUAUAAUAUAUUGAAGAAUCAGAAUGCUCAAACUGUAACUAAUUUGUACAUUCAGUUUAUUGUGAACAGUGUCAAGUUUGUACCAUUUCAAACAAAAAUGUGAGCCAUGUAUUGUGUAACUUCAAUAGAAAAAUCUUAGCCAUGUAUUGUAUAACUUCGAUACAAAAAUGUAGGCCAUGUUUUGUAUAACUUCUAUAAAAAUGUAAGCUAUGUAUUAUAUAACAUCGAUACAAACAUGUAGGCAAUCUAUUGUAUAGCAUCGGUACAAAAAUGUGAGCCAUGUUUUGUAUAACUUAAAUAGAAAAAUUUGAGCCAUAUAUUGUAUAACAUCGUUACAAAAAUGUGAGCAAUGUAUUGUUUAACUUUGCUACAAAAAAGUGAGCCAUGUAUUGUAUAACCUUGAUAGAACAAGAGCACCGCAUAACGGGUGCCACGCUCAGCUGCGAAAGCAUGUCAGAAUUUUUUAAUUUUUUUAGAGGUCACAGUGACCUUGACCUUUGACCUAGUGACCCAACAAGAGAUGUGUUUGUCAGAAACACAAUGCCCCCUACUGCGCCGCAUUGAAAUAACAUUUCUAUUUAUCAUUUGAUAGGUAUAGAAAUCAUCUUCCUUUAAAGGUUAUUACUUCCCUUGAAUUUUGUCCAAUCCAACCAUGGGGGGGGGGGGGUCUCACAGUCAAUUAUGACCAAGUCAGACAUCACUGACAACCAAGGCCUGUGGUUUAAAAGAGAUCAUAGCCAGAGUUGAUCAUGUAUCUAUGGACAUAAGUCCACAGGUAUGUGAUGAACAUCAAAGAAAUUAUAAGGAUAUCAUUAAAAAAACCUUUGACAAAUCAAUCAUUUGGGUUAUAAAUAAUCAAAAUAAUAAAUCUGUACAGUAACUGUGAAAAGAACUUCAAUUCUUGGUAAGGAAAUAUAUAAUAUGAGAUUUAUAAUUAUAUAAAUUACUUCCCUUGAAAAUAAUUGUCUGUAAAAAAUCUCUAUAUUUUUAGUAGCAAAUAAUUAAAAGCCACUACCGUGACUGUAGAUUCACCACUCAAAAUGUGCAGCUCCAUGAGAUACACAUGCCAAAUAUAUAAAGUGGCUAUGUUCAAUAUUGAAUAAUUUUCUCCCUUUUUAAAUCUUAUUACUUCCCUUAAAUCUGUAUUUUUUACCAUAGACCGUAAAGGAUGACCUUGACCUUUUACCACAAUGUGUUUGUCAGAAACACAAUGCCGCCUACUGCGCCGCUUUGAUUUAUUUAACAAAAAUAUAUACGUGGGCAGGUCAGACAACUAUGUCCAUUUAAAGCUUAUUACUUCCCUUGACUUUGUUUUUUCGACCCUAGACCUUGAAGGAUGAUGUUCACCUUGAAUUUUACCACUCAAAAUGUGCAGCUCCAUGAGAUACACAUGCAUGCCAAAUAUCAAGGUGCUAUCUUCAAUAUUUAAAAAGUUAUGGCCAAUGUUAAGGUUUUAGCACUACGCCUACAACGGACAACGCGCUGGCUAUGACAAUAGCUCGGGUUUUCUCCGAAAACAGCCUCGCUAAAAAUGUGAGCCAUGUAUUGUAUAACUUGGAAACAAAAAUGUAAGCAAUGUUUUGUAUAAAUUUAAUAGAAAAAUGUGAGCCAUGUUUUGCAUUACUUCGAUAAUAAAAUGUGAGCAAUGUUUUGUAUAUAUUUAAUAGAAAAAUGUGAGCAAUAUAUUGUAUUACAUUGAUACAAAAAUGUGAGCCAUGUUUUGUACAACUUCGAUAGAAAAAUGUGAGCAAUGUUUUGUAUAAUUUCAAGACAAAAAUGUGAGCAAUAUAUUGUAUUACAUCUAUACAAAAACGUGAGCCAUGUAUUGUAUUAAGUUGAUCAAUACAAAAUUGUGAGCCAUGUAUUGUUUAAACUUUGAUACAAACCCUUUAGCCAUGAAUUGCUCUUCAUACAAUUUAUUAAACUCUGCUUCUAAAAUAUGGUGCUGAAUGCAAAACAUCCAGAAAUUUAUUAUGAUUGUGUGUACAGUCACACAUUUUCUUUCAUAAUUACAAAUUAUUUCAUUGACAUGUCUCAUUUUUUACUGUAUUUAUUUUAUUAUUUAUGAUGGAACAUGUUUUUUGUUUGAUGUUUGUAUAAUAAACUUUAAGCAAUUGUU